AUUUUGUGUUCAUUUAUAUAGAUUAUAUAUUUUAUGAUAUCAUAUGCGCUUUCUUAAGGUUAUGAGAACAAAACUUCAUAGGAAAACCAUCUAGUUCAGAACUUAGUUUCAAAUUCAUUUCAAAAUGUUUGGAAGUGCUAAACCGAGUUUUGGUACUUCAACUAGUACGACAGGAUUUGGCACAUUCGGCACUCCUUCUAAUGCUAGUCCAUUUGGACAAUCAACUUUUGGAAAACCUGCAACUGCUGGGUUUAGUGCAACCCCUACUGUGUUUGGAGCUAGUACUUCCUCGACAUCCCUAUUUGGUAAUGCAGCUCAGCCAGCAACUGGCUUAUUUGGAACUCCAGCCGCUGCACCUGCUUUUGGGGCACCCUCUACUACACAAUCAUUUGGUUUUGGCCAGCCAGCUGCAAGCACUUCUUGUUUGGUGGCAAUGCUCCAGGAUCAGCACUUUUGGUCAACCUAA